UCGUUGCUGCAUCCGUGGCCUCAUUCCCAGUACUGAGCUGCGUUGCCUGGAGACGCCUCAACGUGGCUCUUCGCCGUCCACAGCCGGCCACCCCACAACUGUAAUGACAAGUUCAGUCGAGUGUGUAGAUGCUGAAUGGUGAAAAGUGCAUCGCAAUGGGGGCGUGGCAUCGCGAAAGUGUGAUUUGUUGGGGUUGUGCUGCACCUCUGCAUGAGCACAAUCAGCCGCGUCUGCCCCCGCCUCAAGCCCGUUCGAACGUCCUCACAGAAACAAGAACAUGGCGCAGAACACCAGCUUCAGCCUGCAACACUUAGAUCGCUGUUCCAUCGUACAGCUACCUGGGGCUUUACAGCCACUCGUUCUCUUCUACCUACGCUCGUCCUAGAUUGCAUGCGAGAGCCAGCUGCUGAGCCUCUAGCGUCUCCUUCCCCCCCCCCCAUGCGCCCACUACACAUCCACACGAAUCGAUGCGUCUUUUAAAGUAUGACGAACGUGGCGAGCUCGGCAUCAUCAGCUUUGACGAUUCUGCGAUACCACCUUAUGCAAUACUUUCACACACGUGGGGAGUAAAUGCGGAGGAGUUUACUUUCUCAGACCUAGUGACAGGCGACGGCAAGGCCAAGCGUGGGUACAAGAAGAUUCGCUUCUGCGGACAACAAGCACAACAAGAUGGCUUACAAUACUUCUGGGUCGACACAUGCUGCAUCGAUAAGACGGACAAGGCUGAGCACUCUCAUGCUAUCCGAUCCAUGUUUCGCUGGUACCAGAACGCGACAAAAUGCUAUGUGUAUUUAUCGGACGUAUCGACAAGGGAGAGAAGAUUGGACGAGAUGCUCGGCAAAUUCACUUGGGAGCCUGCUUUCAGGUCAAGCCGAUGGUUCACGCGUGGUUGGACGCUUCAAGAGCUGCUUGCCCCCAGCAUAGUCGAGUUUUUCUCUCAAGAGUGGGAGAAGCUUGGUGAUAAGAUAUCGCUCAAAUCAUUGAUCUACAAAAUCACCAGUAUCUCACUCAAAGCGCUCGACGGAGCUCCUCUUUCCCAGUUCAGCGUCGACGAGCGGCUGCGGUGGAAAGGUGACAGGGAGACCAAGCGCGAAGAAGACGGAUGGUACUCACUAUCAGGUAUCUUUGAUGUCGAGAUAGCGCCGGCUUAUAGCGAAGGGGCGGCAAGUGCGUUUAGACGCCUGAUGGACGAGAUCGACAAUUCAAAAAGAUGUGUCCAAGACAUACACAGCACGGAUCCGCGUGACGACAAGAAGCGCAUCGAGGAGACUAAAGGCGAGCUGCUAGCUGACUCCUACCGCUGGGUUCUCGAUAAUGCCACUUUCCAGCAAUGGCAGCGGGACCCGCACAGCCGACUGCUGUGGGUGAAGGGUGAUCCUGGAAAGGGGAAGACGAUGCUGCUCUGCGGCAUCAUAGACGAGCUGCAAAGCUCACUGCCUAAGACUGCCCUUCUAGCAUACUUCUUCUGCCAAGCAACUGACUUACGCAUCAACAACGCCACGGCUGUGCUGCGGGGGCUGUUGUACAUGCUCGUGAGCCAGCAACCGUCGCUUGUAUCGCACAUCCGCAAGAAGUAUGAUCACGCAGGCAAAGCCUUGUUCGAGGAUGCAAAUGCCUGGGUCGCCCUGACGGAGAUCUUCGCGGACAUAAUACGAGACUCACAGCUAAGAACUACAUACCUGAUCAUCGAUGCGCUAGACGAGUGCGUCACUGAUCUGUCGAAACUGCUUCACUUCAUCGCAAAGCAGUCUUCUGCGUCUUCCCGUGUCAAGUGGAUCAUGUCUAGCCGCAACUGGCCAGAGAUUGAAGAGCAGCUGGAGCAAGCCUGGCACAAGGUCAAGUUGAGCCUCGAGCUGAACGCAGAGUCUGUAUCGGCGGCCGUCGGCGCCUUCAUCCAGCACAAUGUGUCUCAACUGGCACGGCAGAAGAAGUACGACCAGCAGACGCAAGACGCGGUGUUGGAGUGUUUGACAUCGAGUGCAGAUGGCACCUUCCUCUGGGUAGCGUUAGUAUGUCAGGAGCUUCAAGCGACGGCAAGACGGAACGUGCUGAACAAGCUGCACUCAUUCCCGCCAGGUCUGAACGCGCUGUACGAGCGGAUGAUGCGUCAGAUCAGUUUGUCGGACGACGCUACACUUUGCAAGCAGGUGCUGGCUUUGAUCGCGCUGGCGUAUCGGCCAAUCACGCUGCAGGAGCUGGUGGCCCUUGCUGAGCCACUCGAAGACAUGGCCGAUGAAGCAGAGGUAUGGGAGAUCAUUGGCCUUUGUGGAUCGUUCCUCACUUUGCGAGAAGACACAAUCUACUUUGUACAUCAGUCCGCACAAGACUUCCUCUUUGCAAAGGCAUAUGACGAGAUCUUUCCGCAUGGGGGUAAAGCAGUUCACAACGUGAUCUUCUCGAGGUCGCUCGCGAUUCUGUCGCGGACACUGCAAAGGGAUAUGUACAGCCUGGAAGCGUUAGGAUUUGCUAUCGAAGACGUCCAGCCGCCCGAGCCAGACCCGCUUGCAGCCUCACGCUACUCGUGCAUCUACUGGAUCGAUCAUCUGUAUGACUCGAAGCCUUGGGCUGACGGUGUCGGUGGCCUGAAAGUCGCCGGCAUCAUCGAUGAGUUUAUAAGGAAAAACUAUCUACACUGGCUAGAAGGGCUCAGUCUGUGCAGAAGCAUGGGAAAAGGUUUAGUGUCGAUGGCGAGACUAUGCUCUCUGGUCCAGAUGAAGGACAGUGACGAGCUUGUUAAGCUUGUUCAAGAUGCUGGCCGAUUCAUCAUGUAUCACAAAGGGGUAAUUGAAAACUAUCCUUUGCAAACGUAUGCAUCUGCGCUGUUGUUCAGUCCGACGGGGAGCGUAAUCAGACGAUUGUUCGAGCACGAAGAGCCGAACGGAAUUGCCGUCAGGCCAGGAAUGAGCGCCGGCUGGAGUGCUUGUUUACAGACGUUCGAAGGCCAUAGCAAUUGGGUCAGCUCUAUAGCCUUCUCGCACGACUCGACCAAGCUAGCGUCGGCGUCAGGCGACAGCACCGUCAAGGUGUGGGAUGCAAGUAGCGGCGCAUGUCUGCAGACGCUCACGGGCCAUAGCAGCGAUGUCAGCUCUAUAGCCUUCUCGCACGACUCGACCAAGCUGGCGUCGGCGUCAAGGGACGAGACCAUCAAGGUGUGGGAUGCGAGCAGCGGCGCAUGUCUGCAGACGCUCACGGGCCAUAGCAGUUGGGUCAGCUCUGUAGCCUUCUCGCACGACUCGACCAAGCUGGCAUCGGCGUCAGGCGACAGCACCGUCAAGGUGUGGGAUGCGAGUAGCGGCGCGUGUCUGCAGACACUCACGGGCCAUAGCGCAGUUGGGUCAGCUCUAUAGCCUUCUCGCACGACUCGACCAAGCUGGCGUCGGCGUCAUUUGACGGCACCAUCAAGGUGUGGGAUGCGAGCAGCGACGCGUGCCUGCAGACGCUCAACAUCGGCAGGUCUCCUUACAGUUUGUCCUUCGAUCCCACUAGCUCUUUUCUUCAUUACAACAGAGGUACCAUUGCUAUAUACGGCUCGGGAACUUCUGGCGAGGUAGCUAUCGUGGACCCUGAGCGCCCUCGGUAUC